UUUACUGUCGAAAGGUCCAAUGUAACAUUGGCGUAUAGUUUGGCCGUUUGUGAAGGAGAGGCUCGUGGGAUCAGUGGGAAUCUGACCCAAAGAGGCGCCGGCGCUGCCGCUUUGAGGCGGUGCCCGAGUGCGUGGUGCUCAAAACAGCGACGGGGCGUUGCCGCAAGGGUGGGGUUAGGGGAAGGCAGCUGGUUUCGAUAGACAACCGGGCAAGGUCGGCCUUUUCAUUUAUAUACAUAUUUAAUAAUCCAGCCGCCCUGUUUACCUCCCCACGCCCAUACACACCCAUCCAGUCCCAGGCCAUGAGAAUAUCCUCCCGCCAGGAAGCUCAGUGAAACAGGCAGCGACCGAGGGAGGAGGCAGCGAGGAGUGGCCACGGGCAAACAGAGCGACGCAAGCGGUACCAUGCACUCGGAGGUGGAGAAAUUUUCCACAAAUUCAACAUCCAUUCUUGAGUUGUACCGCUCACAUGGAGAAAGUCUGGAGAAAAAGAGUGAGUUAUCUCUUGUGCCACAAUGAGGCCACUCUCGGUGGAGGAGCAAUACCUUCUGGGCAGCCCCCCAACCUUAUGGCAUAAUAUCAGUUUCUCCUUCAGAGCUCUGUGGGCACUGGCGAUGUGGAGUACAGCAGUAUGCUAAUGCUUGAAGGAAUGCCAGCUAUAAGAAUCAAAACAGAGCCGGCGGAACCUGGGCAAGGGAUUAUGUGUUGCAUUGAACGGCUGCUGCUAAGUUAAAAAUUUCACGUCACGUGCUAGUGAUAAUAAACCUGAUUCUGAUCCCAUUUGCCCUAAGUCAUUGGGACCAGUAUGGGUAUUUCUCCAUUGAAAUCCUUCACUCUCUGCUGCACUAAGCUUUCGGUUUUCUCACUGAAGCAAUAGUGAAGGCCCAGCUCACAACUGGCUUUAAGUCAGUCCAAGCCUCUGAAUGCGAACGAACGGAAUCAGUCCCAAUGUUGAUAAAUAAUGUGAAAAUGGAAUCUUCUACACUGCUUGGUGAUCUGAAGAAAGAUGCACCAGUGUUACUAAGCAACAUUAAAAUGGAACCACCGGAGGAACUGCUUUCAAAUGAUGAUAACCAGCCACAGACAGAACCUGUUGAUUUGUCCUUAAAUAAAUCUAGGACCUCACCAAUAGUGCCCGUGGUUUCAUCAUCACUUCCAGUUAUAACAACAACCUCUUCAUAUUCUUCUUCGGACAUCUUAACUGGAGGACCAGUCAAUGUUACUUCAGCCAUCCCUGCAGUGCUAUCACCGGGUUCCAUCUUGGCCUCGUCCCAGGGGGUCGGAGGACAGCAGAUUCUGCAUGUCAUACACACAGUGCCGUCAAUCAGCUUACCUAGAAAAAUGGGAAACCUGCAACAUUUGCCUGUAGUUGUCCAGUCAUUGCCUGUGGUCUACACAGCAGUACAGCCUGAUGGUGUGACAUCAUCAAUCACGGUCCCUCUUAUUGGGGAUGAUGGAAAAAGUGAAGGUGCAGUUCAUUACCUUGGGAAAGUGAAGAAUGUUCCUGGUCUUGGAGCUCACUGUGAUGCAUUUACCCCAAAAAUUUUGGGACCAAACAAGGACAAAAUGAGAAUUGAUCAGAGUCCCAUAUCCCCAAUGGAGACUAAAACUGACAGUGAAGAAGACGAUGACUCUCCUAGCAUGUCCUUCGACAGUGUUCAUGAGAGCACCUCUGCCAUUCUCAAUAUGUCAGGGACAGGGAGAGAGGAGGACUCUGUUUGGCCUAUUGACCCGUCUCGCUUGCUUGAUGAUCCAUUUGGUGCUCAGAGCCUGCAUGGAAUUCGACGACUGCCAAGAUCUGAGUCACCUGACCCGAAAAGGAGACGUGUCCACCAGUGUGACUUUGAGGGAUGUAAUAAAGUGUAUACAAAGAGCUCUCACUUAAAAGCACAUCGAAGGAUUCACACAGGAGAGAAACCCUACCGAUGCACCUGGGAAGGAUGUACAUGGAAGUUUGCACGCUCCGAUGAGCUGACAAGGCAUUACCGCAAGCACACUGGCAUAAAGCCUUUCAAAUGUUCGGACUGUGACCGGAGCUUUUCCCGCUCGGACCACCUUGCACUGCACCGCAGAAGACACUUGAUGAUGUGAAGGUACUUUCAGGCCAACUUCACAUCAGAGUUCUAGCUCUGCCUCCAUCCCAUUGUUCAGCAUUGCUGAAUUCUGACAGCAUCUGCUGCUAGAUGGCACCUGUGGAUGCCAAGUUAGAAAGAGAAAGAGAGAGAGAGAGCCCACCUGCCCUCAAAGACUGUGAAACUGUUCAAACCAGCUUACCUUUUGAUGUUAUGUACUGACUGCAUUCAUGUAAUUUAAGCUAAGCCUGUCAUUUUUGUCAUAAAUUUUUCUUCUUGAUUAUGUUAACACAGGGCAGAAAAAAGCAGGCAGCCUUUUUAUUCACAGCCUAAGUCAUGUUGAAAUACAACUUCAUCCUUGUUGACCUAUAACUUAAGGUUUUAUAAAAGCAGAAAUGAUGUCAGUAUGAGUUAUUAGUGUUGUGUUUUACAACGAACAAAAUAUUCCUUCCACGUUGUGUCAUUAUAUUUCACAUUUAAUGUGAACCAUUUGUACAGUGGGAACUCCUAACAUUUUGACUGAUUUUAAUAUUCCAUUUUAAUGUGUUUUAUCUGCUCAGUGCUAAAAUACAUAAACUUUACUGACACAAAAUGAUUUGCUUUUCUGCGUUUCGGUUGUGCAUUGCACAUGGAAACAUUAAGCAGAUAUGCUCAUCAGCUGAUAAAUACCUUUCCUUCCCCUGGUAGCAAUCUCCCUGAAGAAUUAUGAUAUACAGUAUGUCUUUGAUUAAUGUCUCUCUCCACCUCAAAGUAAUAGCUAAAUCUAGCUGUUCAGUGUGAUUUGCUAUAAUCAGCCCUACUUUGUUUUGUUCAGGCUUGUAGGAGGAUGUUGGCAAGCCAGUAUUCUCUUUCCUUUAGUUAUUUUAUUGUUAUCAUGGUAUUUGUGAUCUUAAAUAUAUUAAUACUGUUUUCAUUGUGGCAAUCCCAGUAAAGUUACAGCUCCUUCAGCAACAGAGACCAAAGCUGGUGCUGGCACCCACACAGUCUUUGGUUGUCACUGUUACCAACUGGUAUGUCUUCUGAUGCAUCUUGGCAAUAACCGUAGUUGCCUACUGUGAAUUUUUCCUGCUUGUUACAACAUGAAACCAUUUGGGAGUUAUAUGGUAUAAAUAAAAAAAACCUAUGUAUGUUGGUUAUUAAAAGUUAAGUAUGAAUGCUUCAUUAUUAAUAAAUAAAUUUAAGAUGAAGAUUUACCAUUUACCCCAUUCAUUUUUGUUCAGUUUGAUGAACUCUGAAGCUAGAAGCAAAGAUGUGGAGCUUUCCCCAAAGCACCUGGUGUUUAUGUAUUAACACAUACAUAUAAAGUGGCAGGUUAGGAGGAGACUUCAGCACUAAGCACCUUGCUACCAGGAUGGGUUAAAACUGCAGCUGUCCAAGAAUGCAAAAUAUAUGACCUAUCUGCUGUGUUGUGUUGUUUUUACUGCCCUGUGAGGUAUUGGUUUGAUUGUGUAAUCUAUUUAUCUUGUGUGGUAGUUUGUAGAUUUAAAAAAAACUCAGCCAGACCAGCGAAUCACAUUUUAAUCAGAGUAAAUGGAAGUUUCUGGAAUGGUCUUCAAGCUUUUAUUGGUGUAAGAGUGAUCUCUAGAUUUCAUUAAUAAAUGACUAAUGCUGAUCAAAAACCAA